AUGUCGUCUAUUGGCUAUGCCCAAGUUCUAUAUAUUUUUAAUUUUCUUUGCGCACUGUUUGGUGUCAUAUUGAUUUGGUUUGGCGUAUGGCUCUGUAAUACCGUAAAUGGAGAGAAUGAGAGAACUAUUGAUCUUGGCGAAAAUCUACUUGGAGCUUUAAUCAUUUUGUUAGGAGUUGUAGUUUUCCUAAUUUCUAUUUUUGGUUUUGUUGGCAUUUACAUGAAAUCCAGAAAAAUGCUAAUAUGUUUUGCUGUUAUAAUGGUUUUGUUGCUGAUAAUACAACUUGUGCUCCUAAGUUUGAGUUACACAGCAGCGAGUGAAGGAAUGCCAUCAGAACUGAAGCAGGGCUUUGAUGAGUUAUGGGAUAAACAUGAUUUUGAUAACAGCACUUUAUCAAGCUAUGAACAAUGGCUGCAAUGUUGUGGAAAAAAUAGUGCGGAAGAUUACAUUCUAUUAGAUAAAUUUCCUCCGUCAAGCUGCUGUAAGGAUCGGGACUGCACGAAUAUAAUGAAUUUAUAUGUGGUUGGGUGUGAAAGGAAAUUUAGGGAUUACGUUAAAGAAAAAACACGAAACUUCAAUAUAAUCAGUUGGUUACUCAUACUGAUAGAGAUUUGGUAA